AGAAAAAUGUCGGAGGACGAUACUAAAUUAAUCAAAAUGAUCAAUGACCCAGAAAAAUUAGAUGAAAAGUUACUGCAUGAAUUGGUUUAAAAACUCUGCAGCAGGAAAUCUGGAUAGUUAGAAUAUGAUGGAUUGACUUAUUGUUAACUUUCUGGAGAGGUUAUUGGAGAAUAAAGCACGAUCAAGUUAAUGAUAUAGCCAAAACAUUUUAUAGUAGUCUUAAAACAUAAGUUAAAAUAAUUGAUUGAAAAAUACUGCUUUAUUAAUGGUGCAUUCGAAUAAUCCUUUGCGAAAAUAUACAAAAUUAAUAUUUUGGAACACUUCAAUAAUCCUCAAGAUUUCAAAGAUUACGAACUUUAAUCUAUAGAAAUAUCUGAUCUUAUCUUAUAACAGGUGUACGGCAAAGAAGAAUAUUAAUAAAUUCUCAAAAAGUAAUAGAAAUAUUAAAUCUUAGUAUUGAAAAACAGACCCAAUUAAUAUAUCAGGAUCCUUAAAUGGGAGGUGAUGUUACUUUUGUUUGUCCGAUAACAAAAUAAACAUAUAUAACAUGUCUAGAGAGUAUUAAUCUUUAAGGUCAACCCUAUAGUCUUGAAGGAGCUCUUUACAUUUUAAACAAUCAUAGUUAGAAGCUGUUUUCUCAUUAAAUUGAGUAUCUAAAAAAAAUCCAAAAGUUAAAAGAGGAGAAAGGGAAUUAGGACAAUUAGAAAUUUGAAUCAAUAACUUUCUAGUGUCCAAAAAAUUAAUAAAUGUAUUACACUUGUAUUGAAGGGAUUAAAUUAAAAUAAAAUAUUUACAGCGUUGAUGGAUUAUUAUAAUCAUUUUAAUCACAAGAUAAAGAGCUAAAUUCAGAUGAAUAUUAGAAUGUGGUCAAUUAUUUAAAAAAAAUUAAGAAAGUCCAAAAAUAAUGAAGAAAUACGAUUGAUAACGUGGUUCAUCAUCAUGAUAUUUAGUUUUUUGUCAUAGAUCAUCGACUAG